AUGGAGGCGCGACCCUGGCGCGUGGGCUUUCGCUGUCUGCUCCUCCUGGCUCUGGCCGGGUCCGCCCGGAGCGAGGGCGAGCAGACCUGCGAAGAAGUUCGGAAACUUUUCCAGUGGCGGCUGGCCGGAGCUGUCAAGGGGCUGCCGGAUUCGCCGCGGGCAGGACCCGAUCUUCAGGUUUGCAUAUCCAGGAAAUCAACAUGUUGCACCAGGAAGAUGGAGGAGAGAUACCAAAUUGCAGCUCGCCAAGAUAUACAGCAGGUGCUUCAAACAUCCAGCUCUACACUGAAGUUGCUAAUAUCUCGGAAUGCAGCUGCUUUUCAAGAAACCCUUGAAACUCUCAUCAAACAAGCAGAAAAUUAUACCAGUAUCCUUUUUUGCAACACUUACAGGAACAUGGCCUUAGAGGCUGCUGCUUCAGUUCAGGAGUUCUUCACUGAUGUAGGGCUUUAUUUAUUUGGUGUGGACAUCAAUCCAGAAGAAUUUGUAAACAGAUUUUUUGACAGUCUUUUUCCUCUGGUCUACAACCACCUCAUUAACCCCGAUGUGACUGACAGUUCCCUGGAAUACUCAGAAUGCAUCCGCAUGGCUCGUCGAGAAGUUAGUCCGUUUGGUAGUAUUCCCAAAAGAGUAAUGGGGCAGAUGGGAAGGUCACUGUUGCCCAGCCGCACCUUUCUGCAGGCGCUCAAUCUAGGCAUUGAAGUCAUCAAUACCACAGACCACCUACGCUUCUCCAAAGAGUGCGGCAGAGCCCUCCUGAGGAUGCAGUACUGCCCCCACUGCCAGGGCCUGACUCUCAGUAAGCCUUGCAUGGGGUACUGCCUUAACAUUGUAAGAGGCUGCCUGGCCCACAUGGCAGAGCUUAAUCCACACUGGCAUGCAUACAUCCGAUCCUUGGAAGAGCUGUCAGAUGCAAUGCAUGGGACAUAUGAUGUUGAACAUGUGCUCCUAAACUUCCACUUGCUUGUGAAUGAUGCUAUAAUGCAGGCUCACAUCAAUGGACAAAAAUUAUCGGAACAGAUAAAUAAAAUUUGUGGCCGCCCAGUAAGAACACCUACUCAAAGCCCUCAUUGUUCUUUUGAUGGGAGCAAAGAGAAGCAUGGAAUGAAGAUCUCUACAAGGAAUGGUGAAGAGACACUGGCCAGCAGAAGAAAAGAAUUUAUCAACAGCCUGAGACUGUACAGGUCCUUCUAUGGAGUCCUGGCUGACCAGCUUUGUAUUAAUGACUUAGCUGCUGCUGAGGGGGUGCCCUGUUGGAACGGAGAGGAUGUGGUGAGAAGCUAUACUCAGCGUGUGGUCGGGAGUGGAAUCAGAGCUCAGUCAGGAAAUCCUGAAGUCAAAGUCAAAGGAACUGAUCCUGUGAUUAAUCAGAUCAUUGAUAAGCUGAAGCACAUAAUUCAGUUGCUACAGGGUAGGGCACCGAAGCCCAACAAGUGGGAACAUCUUCAGCCUGGCAGCGGUGGCGGCAUAUCUGAGCAAGUCAGUGGGGACUGUGAUGACGAAGAUGGUUGUGGGGGAUCAGGAAGCGGAGAAGUCAAGAGGACGCUAAAAAUCACCGACUGUAAGUGA